UCUCCUAAUCCUAAAUAUAAUCAAGUUGGAUCUUUAUAAGAAACAGUUCUCUUCUUCCAAAAGAGGAGACAACCAAAAGAAAAGAAGAGAAAGAUAAAAAGAUCAUCAGAUGGUUACACUCAAGGUUGAAACCAUUGUUAGAGAGAUCAUAAAGCCAUCAACUCCAACUCCAAAUGAUCUCCCAACUCUUCAACUCUCUUUUAUGGAUGUCAUAAUAGCUCCGGUUUACGCGGUUACAUAUCUUUUCUACACCAAAGAUGAUUUGAUCUCUCAAGAACAAACUUCCCAAACUCUCAAAACUUCCCUGUCCAAGACCUUAACAAAGUUCCACCCUUUCGCUGGAAGAGUCAAUGGAGUCACCAUCGAGAGUACAGACGAAGGAGCUGUCUUUGUGGAGGCACGCGCCGAUAGCUGCACUCUCUCUAGUUAUAUGAGAGCCCCAGAUAUGAAAUCUCUCCAACAGUUUCUUCCUGUAGAAGCUGCCAAGACUAAUUCUACAUGGCCAUUGCUUCUUGCGCAAGCAACCUACUUCAAGUGUGGUGGUUUGGCUAUAGGAGUCGGUAUGUGCCAUAAGCUCGGUGAUGCAGCCGCUCUAUCGUAUUUCAUCCAAUCUUGGGCUGCCACAGCUCGAGGAGAGAGCGACUCGUUGGCCAAUCCUGAUUUUUCUUUCACAAAGAUUUACCCACCAGCAACUGGAGCCAUUCAUAUUCCAGGGGAGGAUCGGCUAGGUAAAAGACAAAGUGUCACUAAGAGAUUUGUGUUUGUAGGAUCUAAGGUCGAAGAGCUCAAGAAAAAAGUCGCUAGUGAUGCCGUGCCUCGACCUUCCCGGGUCCAGAGUUUGACUUCACUUAUAUGGAAAUGUGUUGUGGCUGCAUCGACAGACACAGUUCGUGAGAAAGUACUGUACCAAGCGAAUAACUUGCGUGCCAAGAUACCAACCCUUUUAUCGGAAAACCUAAUGGGUAACCCCUUGUACUCCACGCUAACCUUAAAUGGAAAAGCUGGCCAGAUGGAGACUGUACAAAUUGUUAAGGAACUACAAAAAAGAUCCGAGGAGUUAUCUCCUUUGAUUCAACAUGAAGAAGGGUCAUCAGGUUUGACUAUAGGUUUGAAAUUGCUUAAAGCAUCGGCCGAUACAAAGUUUAGCUACGAGCUUUAUGACAUGCACGUUGUAACUAGUUGGUGCAAGAUGCCUCUUUACAAGACUUGCUUCGGAUGGGGUCUUCCAGUUUGGUUCGUUGGAAAUGUUUCUCCAGUUCUUGAAAAUGUGACUGUGUUAAUCGAUACCAAGGACGGACAAGGAGUUGAAGCAUGGGUGACACUGCCUGAAGAUGAGAUGGUACGGUUCGAGCAGAACAAAGAACUGCUUUACUUUGCCUCCCCAAAUCCACGUUAUCUUUUAUCCAAGAUGUAACUUAAUUUCUUUAUAAUGUUCACCAUAAGAUUGUGAGUUUUCUUUUGACAUGAUUUUAAUAUAAAUUAAAUAAAUCCGAUUGCAUGGAAUGCAUUAUGA